CGACUUCUUGGAUGAAUGUGAAGACGAGGGGAGACUACAUUAAAACUCUGGUUGCCGUUCUCAACAAAUGCAUGUCUCACUCUCCACAGAGCAGCAUCUGAAAGUCCGCCCUUUGGCCUAACCAAGAUGGCCCCAAAGAAAAAGCCCAAAGGGAAGAAGGGCAAAGGCAAGGAUGGGGCUGUGAGUCCUUCAAGUGCUGCACCUUUUGUGAGUGAGAAGGAGGAGCGCUUGCAGAAGGAACUUGACAUCCUUUCCGAACAUAUUGUAACCUACUCUCAGCGGCUGCGGCACUUCCAGACGGAAAACGAGUACUUAGACAAGGAAGCCCAGCAGGUCCGAGAGGCCAGCAAGGUCUACCUCUCUUACUUAACCCGAAGAACCGUCCGUUGUCAGAAUGCCAUCAUUUCCCUGAAUGACCAGAAUCGGUUUGACCUCUCUCAGAUCCAGAAGCAGAAAGCAGAGGUGGCUGCUCAGUAUGCCGAGAGAGAGAGGGAGGUGAGGCGCCAGCUCAUUGAGCUGGAAAACAAGCUCUUCCUCCUGAACAGGGACGUGGCUGAGCUGCAGCCCUGGCAGGAUCUGCAGCUUCGGCAUCUGACCCAGAUACGGGACCUGGAGAAGGAGCUGCUGAUCACCAAAAUACAGCACGCCGAGCAGAUGCACAGAGUCAAGAGCCGUUUCCUUCACCAGGCAGCCGAAUAUGAGAUGAACGCUGAGCAGAAGGUCCAAAUUCUGGCCAAACUGGCAGAGGAGGCGGCGGUACGCAGUCUAAUCCAGCACACCAAGCAAGUGAAAGCCGACAACUGGAGUCUGCAGAAUGAGCUUCUGAGCCUCAUUAAGCAAGCCCAAAUGCUCAAGGCUUUUCUGAGUCACUUGCGGGAGCAGCAGCAGCGACUUUUUCAAGAACACCAGUGCAGGCAAGACCUCGCACGCAGGCGCUCCUGGCUGCAGCAGCGUUGUGGCUCUUGCCAGGUCGUCACUGCCGGCACCAGCUUUCGUUGCACCCCACCAGCCAAGAGCAAGCUUGUCUCCUCUUCCGCUCCAGAGGCCAGCCUGCUGAUUGUGCAGGAAUCCGGGCCCCUCCCAAGCGGCUACGAGCCAGAAAGGAUGGCCGCGCCUCCCUUUCCCACACUCAGUGCCUGAAUGCCCCACCACCAGGGUGGGGGCUCCCUCUCCUGGCCCCCGCAACCAGCCACAGCCCCCCACGGGUGGUCUUUCACUUCAGUUUCUUUCCCAGAUGAGGAUUGAGGCGGCUCUCUUCCUGGAAAGCAGCACCUGUGAUGCUCAUGCUAGUGAGUCUGAGCUGACACCCACAGCCAGGGCCACUCUUACCUUCGGGGGUGGUGGCAACGUAUUUUAUGGCUGUUUAUUCUAAAUGUUCUGGGGUUAUAUUGGUCCUUGGUUUUAUUGCAAGUUUCCCUGACAAAUUGCAUAGUAAGAGAGGUCACAGAAACCAAUGUUAAAAUAAAUGUUAUUUUUAAAACUUCCAUCAUUUGGGGCUACACUUUGGAGAGAUUUAGGAAAUGCCACAGAUAAAUAUGUGAUAGCACAGACCCAUUGUGCAAGUUUUAAGAUGCAGAUUAGAUGCCAGACCCACUGACAGAUCCAGGUUCUCCAAGGUAAAUUGCUUCUCUUUUCUGCAUUUGGCAAGCACAUA